AUAAAUCGCCAGCUAGCCACCCAUGCGAUCCCAUUUAAAGAACGAUGGCUAACCCGACGAUUUCCUGCUGGCUGGUUCUCCUCCUGGUGGCCAUAGUAGCGGGGCAGGAGCAGGACUCUGAAGAGACCACCAGCAUCGCCAUCUCCAGCUCCGGCGAGGAUUUAACUGAGCAAAAGUGCGGCAAGGAGCGUAACGGCUGCUGCGAGGAGCUCUACAUCGGCACGGAGGAAGAGCUGGUCAAAUGCUUCACCAUUCACUCAUCGAAGCUGCCACCAGACGGGGACAGCGAUGUCGGCAAAACGCUGCGAUUUCUCUCGUGUUUCGUAGAGUGCCUGUACAAGCAGAAGAAGUACAUUGGGAAGAGUGACACGAUCAACAUGAAGAUGGUGAAGCUGGACGCGGAGACGACAUACGCGGAUCGGCCCAAGGAGAAGGAGUACCACAUCAGAAUGUUCGAGCAUUGCCGCAAAGACGCUGUGGGCAUCUACAAUCUGCUGAAGGCGAGUCCCGGGGCCAAGGCGCUGCUCAAGAAUGCCUGUCGGCCCUACCUCCUGAUGGUGUUCCUCUGCCAGAGCGACUACCACCAGAAGCACGAGUGUCCCUACUUCCGCUGGGAGGGCACCGAAAAGGCAGGCACCAAGGACACCUGCGAAGACGCCAGGGACAAGUGCUAUCUCAUCGAUGGCAUAGCACCACCAACGAAAAGCCCACUCUGAGAAUUGUAUUUCAGCUGUACGAGUAAUGUAAU